UUCAAGUGGCUCAGAGACAGUUGCUGCCUUUGCAGACUACAUUUCUAAUUUCUUAUUCGAACAGCACUCGGCACGAUACGCGCCGUCCCCCCUUCGGAGCCACCAUGGAGCCACACAUCUGUGGUCGCUGGCUUUAUCGCUUCUCUAAUCAUUGUCAGUCGACCCGCCGUCGAGCGCCUUCCCCAAAACCGUACCGUACCCUACGUCCCAUGAUAACCGUCUCUCGUCUCUGCUGUUCUGCUGCUCUGCUGGGGCCAGGCCCCGCAUUCAGCCAUAGUUUUUGCGCUUGACCAUUCGCUGGCCCACGCUUGUGCGGAACGGUUCGGUUCAGUUUGGCCCCUACACCCCACUUACAAGAAAUUUAUCAACUGCACUCUCACUUGAGUGCCAAUAAAUAAAUAUCUGGCGGCCCUCCUCCUCUGACCGAAACUAACAAGUGGCUGCUAAUUAAAAUCAUCUAGCGAAACGUGUAAAAUAUAACUCAAAGCCACCACACUCCCCCUUGCGAGUCCAGAUUGUCAGCAUGCGCGAUAAUGAAGGUACGUACUACGUCGAGAGCACACAUUUAGCAGUGAAAGUAGAUCCCUAGCCUGCCAUCUCUAGAAUGGGAUACCAUUCUGUCCUCCAGGCUACAUGUGCCAGCCGCCCUCAAGGUAGAGCUUCGGCCUAGCCUGCCUAUCAGAUCAAAGGAGAAUAAACGCCUUUCCCCACAUUUUCAUAUCCAUCAUCGCGAGGGGAUCAUAAUAUCAUAGAAAGGAAUUCCCAAUUAAAAGCGAAACAGGAGGACUAGUUUGCCCGGCGACAGAAUAAUCUAGUGUGUGCUUUCGAACGCUGAUAGACAGGCGCGCUUCCUCUUGGAUAAAGUUGUCCAUCAAGCUGUCCCCAGCACAAAUCACAAGACAACAGAAUGGUGCGAAAUGGCCGAAGGAAUUCAUUAGCGCACUUCAGGCCGCAGAAGAUCAGGCCCGGCGAUUAUGGGUGUGACUGCGAUUAGGAAUCUCUGUACUUUUUCCCCAAUCAAGCAAUGACGCAGACACCAUGACAUCAAGACCACGACGGACCCCACACAGACGCAGACAGGCACAGGCCUAUGUUGUAUCUAUUUGAUUGGUCUACAAAUGUGCUUCCAGAACCAGAUCUCUAUCGGGAGCGCCUGCCGAAUGUGUGCGAGGCCGUGGGCACAAAGGCCCGUAGCUGCUGCAGCAUGAGGAGCGUCCACCGCUUUCUGCCCGUCACAGAUUGGCUGCCGAAGUACCAGCUGAACUUUCUUCCGAUGGACAUUGUGGCGGGUCUGACGGUGGGCCUCACGGCUGUGCCGCAGGCCAUAGCCUAUGGGGUGGUGGCCGAUCUGCCCCCCGCCUACGGCCUCUACUCGGCUUUCAUGGGCGGCUUCGUCUACAUAUUGCUGGGCACCUGCAAGGACAUCACAGUGGGACCCACGGCGAUCAUGGCCCUAAUGGUGCGGCCCUAUGUGAACGGCAAUCCGGACAAUGCGGUCCUUCUCUGCUUCCUGUCUGGCUGCAUUAUCCUUUUGCUGGGUCUGCUCAAUCUGGGCGUGCUCAUGCGCUUCAUUUCGGUGCCGGUGACCACGGGAUUCACGAUGGCCGCCGCCAUCACCAUCGCCAGCGGGCAGAUCAACAAUCUGUUUGGCAUAUCAAGCAGCUCCACGGGGUUUCUCGACGCAUGGAUACACUUCUUCGGCCACAUCAAGGAAACGCGCCGCAACGAUGUCAUUCUGGGAUGCUGCACAUUGCUUUUGUUGCUGCUCAUGCGGAAAAUCAAAGACUUGCCCUGUGGCUACCGCAGUCUCUUGAAGUAUCUGUCGCUCUCACGCAAUGCCGUGGCCGUGUUCGUGGGCAUCCUUCUCUGCUACCUGCUGAGCCGCGGCUCCGGGUCACUGCCGUUCCUCGUGAGCGGCAGCAUCACAUCGGGCCUGCCCCCAUUCCGGCCGCCGCCAUUCCACACGCAAGAUCCAGCUUCCGGAGAGCCCAUUACCUUCGGUGGCAUGGUCUCGAACGUUGGUUCUGCCCUGGUGUCCAUUCCCCUGCUGUCCAUACUGGAGAGCGUUGCAGUGGCAAAGGCUUUCUCCAAGGGAAAGAUCGUGAAUGCCUCGCAGGAGAUGAUUGCUCUGGGCAUGAGCAACGUGCUCAGCAGCUUCUUCCUGUCGAUGCCCAUCACGGGCUCCUUCACGCGGUCAGCCAUCAACAACGCCAGCGGCGUGAAGACCCCACUGGGUGGCGCCGUCACAGGCGCCCUUGUCCUCAUGACCCUCGCCAUUCUCACCUCCACGUUCGCCUACAUCCCCAAGGCUACGCUGGCGGCCAUCAUUAUAGCAGCCAUGCUCUUUAUGGUGGAAUACGAGACCAUAGCGGAGAUCUGGCGAGCCAAGAAGCGCGAUAUGCUGCCCUUCCUGGUCACCGUCCUGUGCUGUGUGUUUUGGACGCUGGAGUAUGGCAUGGUAGUGGGCAUCCUUUUCAAUGCACUCUUCCUCCUGUACAAGAGCAUGAAGCCGCAAUUCCAUUUGGAGACCCAAAAGUACAAUGGCAUGGAGCUAAGCCUGGCCGAUCUAAAGGGAAGCGUUGACUACUCGGCAGCGGAAUAUCUCAAGACUGCCAUUUUAUCCCACGUGACGGGUCGGCAGGGAGCCAUCACGUUGGUUGUCAUCAAGGGAGACGAGAUCGGUUCGAUUGAUACCACCGUAGCGCUGAACCUCAUUUCGCUGCGGGAAGACCUUGCGCUGCUCGACUGCAAUCUCAUUUGCUGGAACUGGAGCGUACCGGCAGCAGGGGUGCUUUGCAGGAUGGACAGCACGACGCGUCAGAUGCUAAAGUUCUCAAAGAGCUUCCCAGAACUAAUGGAAUCACUCGAAAAAGAAUCCGAUUCAACGGUAAAGAUAUCCCAGAUAGAUGAUUGAAUACACAAGUCAAUAAAUGUGUGAUAAUCCUCUUUAAAGUCCCAUA